AUGCAAGUGGAAAUUAAAACUUGUUCCCGGUACUUCAAAAGACCGGCUAUAGUUAUACCUUCGGAUAAUAUUAGACUCUGCAAAAAGCCGCUAGACGGAACCACUACUACUAGUUCUGCGUACGUUUAUCAUGCAGGUUAUGAACCGGUUAGUAGUUUCAAGCCCAAGAGGAAAUAUGUUCCUAGUGGAACUAAAUCUGCUAGUGAGACUACACAUAAAUUGAGUUACCAACCUUUGCCGAUAGAACAACGGGAACCACCUCCAAAAGCAGCACUAGACUCAAACACAACCUACUCCGAAAGUUUUCUUCCUGUAGGGAACGCCUCCAGAUCUAGACCAAUAAAACCUCGGCAAAAUUCUGAAUGGGUUAGAAAAUGUCAGUUUGCCGGCACCAGUUCCUACAGCGAGGCCUUUGUUCCACUUCAGAUGGAACCUGUGGUUCCCAAGAUUCCAAGGGGGAACAUUGGGUUCUCCAAAGACAAAAUGGAGAGUGAGACGACUAAUAAGUUGUCGUACAGGCACUGGGGGCCUCUGGCGAGAGAAAGCUUACCUUGGAAAAAGAAGCAGCCGUACCGGCGGCCCACUCAGCCCUUAGAUGACAACUCCAUCUAUCGGAGCAGUUAUGUAGCGCCUGAAGCUUAUUGCUAUGAAGAAUGCGACGGACCUUCUUGCCCUCUAGCGGGGAACUUUGGAAUGUGUCUAAAUUAAAAA